AUGCUGAAGAAAAGUAACCUGAUUCUCUGGGGCCUGGUGCUUUUUGUGGCCUGGAACGCUGUGAUCCUCUUCUUCCUGUGGACUCGGCCACAGUCUUUAUCGGACCAUAGCCGCUUAACUGAAGAGGUGAUCCGACUGGCCCAGGAUGCUGAGGUAGAAUUGGAGCGCCAGAAGGACCUUUUACAUCAGAUCUACCGCUAUAGUUCACUCUGGAACAUACGGAAGUCGAAAAAUCUCCACCUGUCAGCUGCAGUGUCGGCCCAGCCUUCCACAGCUGCGCUCUCACCCCACCACAGUCAGAUAUCACCUGAUGCGGUUUUACCUGUGGUGGUGAUUGCCUGUGACCGCAGCACAGUCCGCCGUUGUCUAGAUAAACUGUUGCAUUACCGUCCCUCAAAGGAGCGAUUCCCCAUCAUUGUAAGCCAGGACUGUGGACAUGAGGAAACAGCUAGAGUCAUUGCCUCCUAUGGAGAUUCUAUCAUGCACAUCAAGCAGCCCAAUUUAAGUGAUAUCCCUGUGCCUCCCGACCAUCGCAAGUUUCAGGGAUACUACAAAAUUGCUCGACACUAUCGCUGGGCUUUGAGCCAGCUUUUCCGGACCUUCAAAUACCAAGCCGCCAUCGUAGUGGAAGAUGACUUGGAAGUCGCCCCAGAUUUCUUCGAAUAUUUUCAAGCGAGUUUCCCACUUCUACUGGCUGACCCGACUCUUUGGUGUAUCUCUGCCUGGAACGAUAAUGGCAAGGAACAGAUGGUAGACGUUGCCCAUCCCGAACUUCUCUACCGUACUGAUUUUUUCCCUGGUCUGGGCUGGCUUCUGCUCUCUGACUUGUGGGAUGAGCUGGAACCCAAGUGGCCCAAGGCUUUCUGGGACGACUGGAUGCGACAGCCUGAGCAGCGGCAGGGCCGUUCGUGCAUCAGGCCUGAAGUGUCACGCACAAUGACUUUUGGCCGUAAAGGCGUGAGCCACGGUCAAUUCUUUGACCAAUAUCUGAAGUUCAUCAAGCUCAAUGACCGUUUUGUGCCUUUCACCCAGAUGGACCUUUCUUACCUCAAGAAGAAUAACUAUGAACACUCAUUCUUGGCCCAAGUCUACGGUGCCCCUGAGCUGCGCGUCGAAGAAUUACAGGGGAACCAGCGCCGGGAGUUAGGUACUGUCCGAGUGCAGUACACCACUCGUGACUCUUUCAAGGCCUUCGCCAAAGCCUUGGGUGUUAUGGAUGACCUCAAAUCAGGAGUGCCCCGUGCUGGUUAUCAGGGCAUUGUCAGCUUCCUUUACCGAGGCCGCCGUGUUUACCUGGCUCCUCCUCCUGACUGGACAGGCUAUGACCCCAGCUGGAGUUAGCAGCUGAGGAUUUUUGAGC